UGAAAGUGAACAGUUUGAUACAGAUGCACGGCGCAGAUAAAUGAGCCAAUCACAGCGGCUCCAGCAGGAGGGGCUGGCAGCUCUCUGGUCAGCAGCGCACCACACAAAGUUGUCGAGCAUCUCCCGAGUCCCCGCCUGCUUUGGCUUCACUUGAUAUAUGUCACACCUGCAUCCUCUCCUCCACACACACACACACACACACACACACACUCUAACCUUUUUUUCUUUCCACUUUACUUUCAACCUUCCAACUGUCUGAGCGAUCCGAGUCUGAUCCGAGGUGUGUGUCUCGACUCGUUGUCCAAGAUGCUGGCUUGUACGGAGAUGAUCACUAUGUGCCUGCAAUCGGCCAAACAGAAGCACCUUCGGGCUCAGCAGCAGCAACAGCAGCCGCUGCACACCACCGGACAAGGGCUUACUAUUUUUCAUGAUAUUUUCCGCAGAGCAGACAAAAACGAUGAUGGCAAACUGUCAUUUGACGAGUUCAAUGCUUACUUUGCGGAUGGGAUCCUGACUACUGAGGAGCUGCAGGAGCUUUUCUACUCCAUAGAUGGCCGACAAAAUAACAAUCUGGACACUGACAAGCUAUCAGAUUAUUUCUCUCAGCACCUGGGGGAGUAUCUCAAUGUACUUUCAGCUCUGGAGAGCCUGAAUGUUGCCAUUUUAAAGGCAAUGGAUAAAACUAAAGAGGAGUACCAGGAAUCCAGUGUGUUGGGCCAGUUUGUCACCAGGUUCAUGCUAAGAGAGACAUCCAGUCAGCUUCUCUCUCUACAGAGGUCACUGCAGUGUGCCAUGGAGGCUGUGGAAGAGCAGAGCAGCCCUUCCCCGAGAGAGGCCAAGGCACCGGAGCUGACAGCGGUACAGAAGAAUGGCAGGCGGUGUGGCCGCAGGGUCCAUAAUAACCUGUGCAUGUCCCCAUCGGAUCCUUGCUCUGGCAUCUUGACCACGGGUGUGAGCAUGGAAGAUGAUGAGAACUGGUGCUCUCAAAUCAACAGGCUGCAGCAACUGUUGGAUAAACUGGAGUGUCAGGGUCCCAAAUUGGAGCCACUGAAAGAAGACACACUGGCCAGCACAUACAAGUCUAACAUCCUGCUGGUUCAGAGGCAGAUGUCAGUAACUGAUGAAAAUCUGGACAACUUCCGAAAAGUUCUGAAGGGCUACAUCGAUGCCACCUCAGCUCACUCUGACAACCUGCAUGUGUCCGUUCAGAAGCUCCCGGGAAAGUCGUGUUACAUAAUGUAUGAGUUCUGGCAAGACCGCAUCUCCUGGAUGAGCUACCUGCAGUCUAAUGACAGCAAAGAUUUCCAGCGCUGCAUCAUUGACAUGAUGGAGGAUUCUGAAGUCGUCUCUACCAUGUUGCUCCCAGCUUCCUGGUGGAUCAUGACUAACAACUAACAACUGAAUCCACAGUGUCACAUCUACUGCCUACACUGUCACAUGGACAAAGGACACACUGGCGCAUCAACCCACCCUCCCACACGCACACACAAGUGCAUGUACAAACACACGCACACAGAGGAAUUCAAAAGGCAUCCAUGUGUUUGAAACAGCAACAGGAGACAGAGACAACGGCGUCAUCCAGAUAUCUCCAGCAACAUCUUUUAAUGUUCCUCUGUCUUCGACUGCUCAUUAUUGUGCCGCUUGUAUCAAAAGGGAUAGCUGCCCCCUAUAGCCAAUCUAUAGACUUGAAAAUGACUGAUUCUCUGCAAUGCAAAAGCAAUUUUAUUGAAGUUUUAUAUAUAUAUACAGUAUAUAUACAGUAUAUAUAUAUAUAAAACUCUCUCACUUGUGCUAUGGCCUCCCCUCUCUCUUGCAGUGUUUGAUAUUAUGCCAGUGGGGAACAACAAAAAAAGAUCCUAGUAUAGGCUAGUAGAGCCAAAUGGAAUGAAAAUUACGAUGCCAGUAGUGUUUUGUGUUUUUGAUGAGUUGUUUACUGUUGAAUAGAAUUAAAUGGGAGGAAAAAGGCAGAGAGGAUGAGGAGAGUUGCUGCAGCCUAAACAUGCAUGCUAAUGACUGUGGCCAAGAGCUUUCAGGAAUAGUUCCUUUAAAUCCUGGCUGUAUAUGCUGUAUGAUACUGUACCACUGUUUUUUUUUUCUUUCUUUUAUUUAGCUAUUCUUCUGUCAUGUGCACAUACUGCCAAAAAAAAA